AUCAGUCAGUGCUCCCGUCUCAUCAUCUGGUAUAUUUGCCGUUAUCAGAGCGAAAGAAAUUUUCUGUUAUAUUAUCCUUUUUCUGGAUUAAAGAAAAACAAUGAACCGAAAAGAAGAAUAUGACUCCUACGAGAUUGAGGAACCGAGUGACGAAGAGAGAGCAGUCAGCUCUGAAGAUGAGCUCGACAUUCUUCUUAAUGGAACUCCAGAUCAGAAGAAGAAGCUCAUCCGAGAGUAUUUGACUGGGGAAAGCGAGUCAUCCAGUGGCGAUGAGUUUGAGAAAGAGAUGGAGGCAGAGCUGAGCAGCACUAUGAAAUCCAUGGAGUGCAACUGGAACUUUCCAUCAACUCAAGGUGAGACCUCUCAAACCGGUGGCAAUGCUGCAACACAAAACAUGGCAAGAACGCACCCUCAGCAGUAUGACAACAUAUACUUUGAUUCAGAUUCAGAUGAAGACAGCCAAGCCGGUGUCUCCCAGAGUCAGAGGAGAAAGCAGCGUCUUAAACCUACAAAUGAUGAGCUGUUAUAUGACCCAGAUGAAGAUGAUCGGGAUCAGGCAUGGGUAGAUGCCAGAAGAAAAGAGUACAGAAGCCACAGAAGGGCCACAUCAUCUACAGACAAAAGAAACAAAUCUCGCCCUCUCCCGAGCAGUGAUGCUGUCCUCAAUUGUCCUGCAUGUAUGACCACACUAUGUCUGGACUGUCAGAGACAUGAGAAGUAUAGGACGCAGUACCGAGCCAUGUUUGUGAUGAACUGUACAGUGAGUAAGGAUGAAGUGCUGAAGUAUAAAUCAGCCAAACAGAAGAACCGACGCAGGAAGAAAGGUCAUCAAGGCUCUGUGGCCACAUCUACAUCCACAGAGACAAAGGCAGAGGCAGGUCUGACUGAUUCCAGACUGAGUGGAAUGGAUGAGGAAGAGAUAUAUCAUCCAGUCAAAUGUACAGAGUGUUCUACCGAAGUGGCUGUGUUUGAUAAAGAUGAGGUCUACCAUUUUUUCAACAUCCUCGCAAGCCACAGCUGAAGAGAUAAUGUGUGUGACACAGGACUCCAGACAGCCUUUAUUCCUAAAAUCACUGUCUACAGGUUGAUUAUGAAACGCAGGUGAGAAUAAGGGAAUGUUGUAGAAAAGGAUUUAAUCUGUUUUUCACUUCUGUAUUCAUGGACGUUAAUGUAAAAUAUGUGUAAAAAGUUUUUACAAUUAGUUUUUUUUUUUGAUUUACAAAUAGAUUUACGUGUAUUUCUUUCUUUUUUUUUACUUUAAGUGAUGCAGGACAUUUGAUAUAGUCUUACAUUGAAUGAAAAAGUAGGAAUAAUAUCUCACAAACAGUUACAAGCAAACAGACUCUGUGUUAGUCACUUCUUGCAUUAUUUAAAUAAAUCUUUUUUUGAGA